UUUUGUUCAUUAAAUGGUCACACCAUUAUUUUAAUGGAAAUGUAGCGAAUAUAUUAUUAUUGUUAAUAUGGCUCUAGUAGAUUAUGGUAGCAGUUCCAGCUCUGAAAACGAGGAACCAGAGACGAUAGCUCAUGGAUCUGUUAACUUGAAGAGAUCAGCUUUACCCACAGCUGCCUCCUUGUUGGGCGCCAAGAUAGCGAAACCUUCCAGCGAUGAUGAACAGGAUGAUUUUGACAAUCCGACGUUACAUGGCGGACGCAUACGUAGCUUUAAGCACGAGCGCGGCAAUUGGGCAACAUUUGUUUAUGUACCCGCUUUUGCCUGUGCUGAACAGCUGGAAGAUUUUCAACUAGAAGCUAUUAAAAGGCUAGCACCACAUCUUGGGCUACAGCCCAACGAAUCACUGCAUUUAAGUUUAAGCAAAACUGUGGUGCUACAAUACCAUCAAAUUGAUGAGUUUCAGCGAUCGCUGCAGCAUGCACUCCACAGCUGUGUUGGGUUUAACAGCACGCUGAAUUCGCUGGAAGUCUACACAAAUGAGGAGCGCACCAGAACAUUUCUGGCCGUGCAGCUGGAUGCCGCAUAUGCGACGAAAAUGUCGGGGCUGUUGCAUUGCGUGGAUUCGGUUAUGCGAGAUUAUCGCCUGGAGAAAUUUUAUAAGAAUCCCUCAUUUCAUGUGAGUUUGCUUUGGUGUUUGGGCGAUCAAAAGGCGAUGUUGCAAGAAAGACUGCAGGAACUGCAGCAACUGCUCGAUGAUCAUGAAACACUUAAACUGGCAGUACAUGAGCUACGCUGCAAAUGCGGGAAUAAGGAUUUUAUUUUUAAGCUCAAAUAGUAAUGGAAACUCAAAUUGU